GCCUGCGCACGGCUCCCCUCCGCGGCUCUCUCCCUCUUCCUCUCCUGUCCUCUCCUCCUUCAAUGCUUUUUCUGACUACUGGCUGCUUGUUUUAUCUGGACACCGAGAGGAUGCGCUUUUUGGAGAAGACGCACCCAUUUGAAGUCGUCUCCUUGUGCCGGCCCGCGGCUCUUUUACUGGAUUAAUAAAUGUGCGCCGGGCUGGAAUGAACAAUGGUGCGGCUGCUGGAUGCCAUGGCCGGGGGGGGGCUCUGCUGUCGGCUGCUGCUGCUGCUGCUGUGCGUCGUGGACUUGGAGCUGUGCGCCGGCGCGUCCGUGGGGUUCCAGGGGUUCCGGGGGUUCUACCUGCCCCCCGAGGGGGGGUCGCCGCUCACACCUGCGCGCAGGACGGACGGCACGGUGCGCGUUGACCGGCUGUACCACGGCGGGGGCCGGGCCGGCUACCUGCUGUACCUGGACGGACGCCGCUUCCAGCUGGACAUGGAGCGGGACGCGGCGGCAGACGCGGGGGGGCAGAGCCCCGCGCCCCCGCGGCGGGCAUGCGUGUACCGGGGCACGGUGGACUCCAGCCCGGAGUCCCUGGCCGUGCUGGACCUGUGCGGGGGCGGGCUGGAGGGCUUCUUCGCCGUCAACGGCUCCCGCUACUCCAUCACGCCCAUCGUCCGGGCGCGCGGACACGAGAGCGACGCGCGCGCGCUGCAGGACAAGGACGCGGAGCGCGCGCUCCACGUUUUCACGCGCGAGAGCUUCAGCUUCGAGGCUGCGGGGGAGGUGCGGGACAGCUGCGGGACGCGGGACGCGCGCCGAGGGCGCGGGGACGCGCGCAGGGAGCCGCGGCCAGACCCGCCGCCCGCGCGCCUCAGGAGGUCCGUGUCGCGCGCCAGGCACGUGGAGCUGCUGCUGGUGGCGGACGAGACCAUGAGCAAGAAGUACGGGAAGGACCUGAAGCACUACCUGCUCACGCUGGCCGCCAUCGCCUCCAAGCUGUACGGCCACGCCAGCAUCGAGAACCCGGUGCGCCUGUCCGUGGUGAGGGUGGUGGCCGUCACGGACAAGGACAAGGGGCUCGACGUGUCCAAGAACGCGGCGCAGACGCUCAAGAGCUUCUGCAAGUGGCAGAACCAGCAGAACCCGCUGGACGACGACCACGAGCAGCACCACGACGCCGCCAUCCUCUUCACCAGGCAGGACCUGUGCGGCCACCACUCCUGCGACACCCUGGGCAUGGCCGACGUCGGCACCAUCUGCUCCCCAGAGAGAAGCUGCGCCGUCAUCGAGGACGACGGCCUUCACGCCGCCUUCACCGUCGCGCACGAGAUAGGUCACCUGCUCGGCUUGUCCCACGACGACUCCAAGUUCUGCGAGGAGCGCUUCGGGGUGAACAGCGACAAGCGGCUCAUGUCCUCCAUCCUCACCUCCAUCGACGCCUCCAAACCCUGGAGCCGCUGCACCUCGGCGACCAUCACCGACUUCUUCGACGACGGCAACGCCGACUGCCUUCUGGACUCGCCGCGCCAGCCGCUGCUCGGCCCGGAGGAGCUGCCGGGCCAGAGCUACGACGCCGUGCGCCAGUGUCGCCUGGCCUUCGGGCCGGAGUACACCGUGUGCCCCGGCAUGGACGUGUGCUCGCGGCUGUGGUGCGCCGUCAUCCGCCAGGGCCAGAUGGUUUGCCUGACCAAGAAGCUGCCGGCCGUGGAGGGCACGCCGUGCGGGAAGGGACGCAUCUGCCUGCAAGGGAAGUGCGUGGAUAAAACCCGCAAGAAGCACUACUCCGCGUCCAACCACGGCAGCUGGAGCUCCUGGGGCCCGUGGGGCCCGUGCUCCAGGUCCUGCGGGGGCGGGGUUCAGUUCGCCCAGCGGCUGUGCAACAACCCGCCGCCGCGGAACAACGGGCGCUACUGCACCGGGAAGAGGGCCAUCUACCGCUCCUGCAGCGUGGCGCCGUGCCCGCCGUCAAGUAAGAGUUUCCGGCAGGAGCAGUGCGAGGUCCGCAACGGCCCCCAGACGGAUCCUAAAGGGGUGAAGACCUUCGUGGAGUGGGUGCCCAAGUACGCGGGCGUGCUCCCCAAAGACGUGUGCAAGCUGACGUGCAGAGCCAAGGGGACGGGCUACUACGUGGUGUUCUCCCAUCGGGUGGUGGACGGGACGGAGUGCCGGCCGUACAGCAGCUCGGUGUGCGUGAAAGGGAAGUGCGUCCGGACCGGCUGCGACGCCAUCAUCGGCUCCAAGCUCCAGUUCGACAAGUGCGGCAUAUGUGGAGGCGACAGCACAGGAUGUAUCCGGGUGGUGGGGAACUUCACCAAGAAGAGCAAGGGUUACACCGAUGUGGUGAAGAUCCCCGCCGGCUCCACCCACAUCAAGGUUCGUCAGCACAAGGCCAAGGAUGAGACCCGCUACACGGCCUACCUGGCCCUGCGGCGGCCCAGCGGCGAGUACCUCCUGAACGGGAAGUUCAUGAUCUCCACCUCCGAGACCAUCAUCCCCCUCAACGGUUCGCUGCUCAACUACAGCGGCUGGAGUCAGCGGGACGAGUCCAUCCACAGCAUGGGCCCGGCGGCCCUGCAGGAACCCAUGGUGGUCCAGAUCCUCGCCACCGACGCCAAGAAGCCUCUGGAUGUCCGUUACAGCUUCUUCAUGCCGAGGCGGAGCGCUGCACCGCAGCCGCCGGUGCUAAAGGUAGCCGCUUCACAGGGCACCACCACCACAUCCACCACAAUAUCCACCACCGCAUCAACCACCACUACAUCUCCCUCUACGCUCCCGGUUCUGAUCACAGGGGCACCGACGGCUCCAGGGCCCUCCACCCCGACCCCGGGACCUCAGUGGGUAACCGGAGCGUGGAUGACAUGCUCCAGGACUUGUGACACCGGCUGGCAGAGCCGGACGGUGCAGUGCAAGGACCGGGAGGGGAAACUGUCCAAGGGCUGCGUCCUGGGCGCUCGGCCCUCCGCCUUCAAGCACUGCCUGGCCAAGAAGUGCUGAGGCGGCAGGUGAGGACAGGAAGCGGCUCCGCAGGAGAAACUCUCACCCGUAGGUCUGAAGGAUGUAGGACCAUCAACCAACGAACCAAUGAGACGUAGAACUUUAAACAGUGAAUGUCUAACGAUAACACAAAGAGACUUAGAGACAUGGAUGUACCUGACUAUAACCCAGAGGACUGACCUGGGAUCAGAGUAGCUAUGCAGAGCACAAGCUGAACCACGGCUCAUCACCACACGGACAGUAACUGAUUGUCUUUACUCAAGCUUCCCAACCCGGGAGGGUUCAUGAGUGUUUCUAUGCCUCUGUGUGCUUGUCGUCUUUGUCUUUUGUCGUGAAUGUCUCAGAGACAAGAUCCCCAACAAUGGGAAGCACUCCAAGGUCCUCAUUUUCGUCUGCAUGGUAGCCCCCGUCCCAAGGGACACCCACUCACUGCAUCACGCACAAUCUCUGUAGCGAUCUCACUUAGGCAUAGCUAAGGGAAAUCUUUUUGCAAUAAUUUAAAUUCCAUCAAAUUGUGGUUUCCCAAUUUCCAAUUGAUGAUCAGUGUGAGAUAUGUGGCUAAAAGUGAUCAAGACCCCCCUAGUGUUGGUUUGACUGUUGUAUUUGAUCCAAAACUGCGAGGAAGGAGGAAGACUUGAUCAUAAACUGUGGUGAGCUGGAUGUUGGGAGCAUCCAUGCAGCCACAGCGGAGGUUCACCUGAACCUGGGAACCCCAAUCAUCAGGCGCACCAUCAUCCGCCUCCGUAUACGUGACGGGGAACAUCUCUGCAAUCAUGUUCUCCCUCCUCUCAGAUCUCUUAAUAAGACAAAAAAAAGUCAUCAGAUUUAGCACAAAUCCCUUUUCCUCGCCAUAACACGCAAAUAGUGCUGAAUAAAGUAUUUACAGUACUUUUAUUUCCCCCCCAAAAGUAACUGAAGAUGUGACAAGCCACAAGAGAGUUCAUCCACGAAGGCACAUUAGUGUAGAAACAGAGGGACGACGCGAGGGGACUGAAACCGACAAAGGGGCUCGCAGAGAUUUCAGACGACUCACAGGUCUGGGGCGACGCUUGUGUCUGAACGUUUAAAUCAUAAAUGUGUUGCUUUUUGUUGUCCAGAUCGUUAAGUGUCAAGCUCAUUUACACGUGUCAAUCAUUUGCUGGUGCCGGGAGGACUGUCAUAUGUUUUGUGUGUGUGUGUGCAUGUAUGUGUGUGUGUGUGUGUGUGUGUGUGUGUUUUAUAUCUGUAGGAGACAGUGCUAAUAUGACAAUAUGUGCCCUGGAUACUCGCAACGACGGCUAAAGUCAUUAUUUUCCUUCUGCGGUUCAGUUCUUUCUGCAUUCGUUUACUUGUUUUCCAUCUCGUAUUUACAAAGUGUCCCACUGACGGUCGGAGUUGGCCUCGAAACGUAAACUUUAAUUGUGCCAGAAAAAUGAUCCACUGAGUCAGGGAUGAAGUCACAUCUGGUGAAGGAGUUUGAAGGCCCGGCUCACUCCACAGAGCAGAAACUUUUAAUUCAAUUAAAGUUUCUGUGGUAAUUGGCAGUAAAGUGAAGUCUCUGAUUAAAAAGAAAUCCUUGCCUUUUCUGUAUUUGUUUCAACCACUCAUGGUUCCUUCAACGAGUAACAAACGACAGAGACAUCUUGAAAAUCACAUUUCAAAAGUACUAACACAUCUCAGAAAAGCAAAAUAAAAAUACUUUUUAAAGCCACUCUAUGUAGUAAUUCCACUUCUGACCACAUGGGGGUGUUUAGUUCUGCAGUGUUGGGAAAAGAGCCACAAACAAAUUUGUAAAGGCUGGGAACGGUUCCAGGAGGAGCUGGAAGACUGCGGAGCAAGUGGAGGUCCCCUGUAAUCUGGAAACGUGAGUUUCCUUUCAUAAGUGGAUGGAGUUAAGUAGCAUUGGGCGGGGGGGGCAUGUAUUUCUGUUUUGGGUUGGAGAUAUACUUGAUUGUGUCUCAUGCCGGCAUUGUCAUUUACAUUUUCUCAUGUUACGCUGCCCCAUGUGGUCCGAUGUAGCAUUGCUACAAUACUCUUUUUCUGUUCUGUUAAUGAUGAAUGAGAAAUAUCUUUUCUGUCUUCUGUGUGUCUCAGACGGAAAGAAAAUAUGAUCUUUAACGGAAGUGAAUGAACCCUCUGAAGUCCUCCACCCACAUUCACAACCUUUAUUUCAUGUGAAUAAAGGAGAAAUGCUUCUUUUCGAGGCGACAUACUUGUAUGAAAGUCCAUUUUUUUCAUGCAACGACAUUACCUCAGCUGUUGUGGAUAAUUACGUAAAUGACAUAUCUAAUGGACUUUCCUGUAAUUGUGUUCAAAUAUCUGCCGCUCAUUACUCCUUCCUGCGUGGUGAACCUCGCCCAUGUGGCUCGGCGGAGGGCAGCGUACCACCCACAACUCUCUUCACACAUGCAGAUUUAUUGACUGAACGCAGCAAAUUGAUCUGUCGUGUAUUUGCUAGCAUGAGUGUAAACAGACACACUGAAUCCAUCCAACAUUUACACAGUCACGCCGCUUUUCUGACACUCUGCAGACACGAAACUGACUCUUCCAGUCACGAAACCCCUCUCGCUGAACGACAGAAACGCAGCACUGAACUUGUAAUUUAUUGUUUGUACAACUGGUAUGUGAAUAAAAAAAAAAAAUCAAUGAGAUGAGGUUUAUUUAUUAUAGUAAUUUUGUAUCAAAUUACUAUUUAACUUAGGAAUUUGACUGUGCUGAAUCACUCCUAUGUAAGAAUAUAGUGUUUUUCUUUUGUAGUCAUCCAUA